AUGACAUCGGAAAGGUAAUUGUAAUUCAAAUUUAUUUACGAUAAUUUAUAUAAUGUGUCUUGAUAAUUAUACCUACUCUCUUUUGUUCUAACCAAUAUUUAAUUCUAAGAUGAUCAAAUUGUUUAAUUCAAUGUAUUAUUAUGCAAUUUUAAGGGUGGAAUGGGUGGAGAUUAUUGAACCCAGGACUAAAGAACCUAUGUAUGCAAAUUUAACUACUGGUGAAUGUGUUUGGGAUGCCCCAGUAGGAGUGCCCGUGUAAGUAUUUUAUAAUUUAUUAAUUUUGUUGUUAUUACUCUACUUAAAUUUAACAGUAUUUAUUAAACAAAUGCAUUAAUUUAGUUAUAACAGAAAUUGAUUUAUUGUUUCUAAUGAACUAGGUAUUAUAAUCAAAUGAUGUAUUUACUGAUGUUUUAGUGAUUGUAGCUUUUAAAUAACCUUUAGUGAAAUUUGAGUAUUGAAACAAAAAAAUUUGUUUAUCUGUUUUCUUUGAUCAAUGUUACUGGUAUUAUGAUUUGUACAAAUCUUAACAUAUAUACAAUAUAAACACAUUCCAAAAAUGAACUAGUUGCAAGACAUUCAAAUUGUUUAUUGUAUAUCAGUACUACCUAAUUAUUUGAAUAAUAAAUUAUAUUCAUUUAUUAUUACAUUAAAAUGUACAAAAAAAAAAUAAAAAUAAUAAUAAUAAUAUAAAAUAUCUAUUUCAAUUUAAUUGCUGUUUUUAUCAAUUAUUUGUUAAUGUUAUACAUUAUAUAAUAAUUAAUAGGUGUAUAUAAUAUCUUCACUUAACAUUUAAUAAUGUACAUUUUUUUUAAAAUUAAAAACAAAAUAAAAAUCUUUAGAAAUAAUAUAAUAGAUUCAUAAUAAUUACAUUUAAAACAAUAAUAUUUGAUACAUUAUUAAAUAGAAAUUGAAUAGUAAUUUAAUUAUUGAAUGAUAAUAUUUUAGUUAAAAUAAUAGUAUAGUAGUGCAAUAUUAAUGUUUUUUUUUUUUUAAUGUUUAAUUUUCUAUACUUGUUCUGGUAAUUUCUCUAAAACAUAAACUGAUGUUUUGUUCUAUAUGAUUUUUAAAAAGAUAUUUAAUUUUUCUAAAUUUUCAUUAAUUUGUUAUAUAAUUACAAACUGUUAACAUAAUUAAAUCUAAAUAAUUUUCAACAAAAAUAUUUACAAUUAAUAGUCAUGUAGGUCAUACAUUUCAUAUUUAUAUAGUAAUGAUGGCAUGUCUUCCUAACCAUAAUAUUUGUUUAAAUACACAUGUGUAUUAAAAAAAAAAAAAACUAUAAUUAUAGAACUGUCAAUAUUAUUAAUAAUGUAUAUUUCUAUUCCUAUAGGGGUUAUUAUUUUCUCAAAUUUAAAGUUAUGUUUGUUUAAUUAAGACAAAAUAAUGUAAUUUUCAUCCAAAUUAUUUAAUUUUUGUAUUUUAAUUUACUAUCAAUAUGAAAUAUAGUUAUAUUCAUACUAAAAUAAGCCAAUUAUGUAUUUAUUUGUAUUAAUUACAUAUUUUUAUUAUGGUAGCAAAAAAAAAGACAACAAUCAGUGGUGGGAACUAUUUGACUCUGUCACCGAUCGUUUUUACUACUACAAUACAGCUUCUCAAAAAACAGUUUGGCAUCGACCUCCUAAUUCUGAUAUAAUACCUUUGGCUAAAUUACAAACUUUGAAACAAAAUACUGAACCAGCAGUAAAUGAUGAAAAUGAUCGAAAACAAUCUAAAGAAUCUGUAUCUACUCAAACAUCCGGGCGCAGUAGAAUGGUGUUACCUCUUUCAUCAAGUAAUCAAACUGUGGUAAGUGUUUAAGCUAUGAUUAUAAAUUAUUAUUUUUAAUUUUAAUUAUUAUUAUAAUAUUCAAUAAUUUAAUUAAAAGUGUGAAAUAUGUAUACCUAUAAACAAUCAUUUCACUUACAUUAAUUGUUCAUAUAGUUUUUAACAACUUAUUUUUAUUUUGAUAAUUUUUAAAUUUUUAGUUCAGAAUCUAUUUAUUAUUAUACAGUGAUAUAUUUAAAAAAAAAAAUUGAAUGUAUGGGGUUUAAAUGUAUUUAAUUUAUCCAUUAUUUGUAGUAAUUAAAAAUUGUAUUAAGACUUUAAUAAGACAAAAUACUAUAACACAUAAAUCUACUUAUCACUAUACUCUAUUCCAAGUAUGGAAGAAUGUAUGAUGAAACAGGUGCAGGUAUGUAACAUAGUCUGCUGGUGACAAGUGCUGUUGGUGACGUCAGGUUGUAUACAACCGGUUUGUGAAUUUUUACAAAACUCUGCGUUCUACUCCUUAUAGAGAGCUUCAGCCACCGAAACAACAGGCGCUGAUAAUUGUAGCUAAUGAUAGUGUACAUGCCUGCACAAUUUUUUCCAGACUUAUUUAGAGUAGAGUAUACGAGAGCAUUUAAUGCAUAUAUUUGGUACUAAAUAAAGGUGAACAUUUUAUAAAUAAGUACAUUGUUGGUAACAAAAAAACACUUUGCCUUUGCUAUAAAUACAUCAUUGAUGUUAUAAAAUAUAUGAAAAUAUAUACAUGCUUUUUCAUGUUUUUUUUUUGUUACUCCAAUAGUUUUAUUUAUUUGUUUAGGGAAAUGUAGAAAAUGUCCGGACUUUUAAAUUAAUGGAUCCUGUUGCAUCAACUAAACGCUCUGUGGAUUCCGAAACACAAACUUCUCCAAUAACACCUCGUAGAUCUCAUCAUCACCACCAUCACCAUCACAAGUGUGUUAAUAUAAUAUUUUUAAUUUUAUUAUUGAAAAAAGCCUAACCUAAUUUUUACUUUUAUUUAGACACCAACAACAAUCUAAUACACCAAGUAGAGGUCGACGUGGAAAUCAACCUAAUGUUUGGUACAAUCGUACUGCUUAUUCACAAGUGAGUUGUACGCUAGUAUUAAGAGAAUGAGACAUUUUGAAAAAAAAUGUUGUUGGGUUAAUCUAUAAUUUCAAUAUGUUAAAUAUAAUUUGGCUUGUAUAUUUUUCAACAAACAGUUUCUUAAAUUCAAAUUCAAAUUAAAUGUUCACAAGUUCAAAUAAAACUAUAAUAAAGCAUCAUAAAAAAAAUCUAGUUAUACUGGUUAUAGGUUAGUUAAAUAGUUAUAAAAUACAAAUUAUGUUGGACAAAAUUAGUUUUAACAAGUGGCAAGUUUAAAAUAAAUUUAAAGUAAUUGCUUUCAAAUUAUUACGAAUGAUACAUAUUUACAUUUAGUUCUAUAGUUUUUUUAAUAUUUUAUAAUUUGUAUAUAUUUUUUAAUAUUUGUAGGAUUCUGGUCGUUCGAGUGACUCAAGUUGUGUUUCAAUUCAAUCAUCUAGUGGUAAAGAUGCUACUGUAGGUUUAUCAAUGUCUGCUAGUACACCAUUAUUUAGAAAAAAAAUCUCUCAACCACCUACACCACAAAAUAAUCUUCCUAUUCAACGAAGUUCUUCCAAUGCUUCUCAGUAUCAAUUAUUAUUAGGUAAACAAAAAAGCUUUGAUACUGAUAUAAGUAUUGGAGGUGGCUAUAGUCUUGGUCACGAUAAUCGUAACAACAGUUGUUCUCGUCCUCGUCCACCUGCUGUGCUAUCUUCCAGUUUAUCUAACAGUCAGAUUUGUAGAAGUCAAAGUUUUGCACAAAAGUCAAUUGCUACAAAAACAUCGAUAGAAGUGGAAGAAGAGGAUUCAAUGCAUGAAAAAUAUUUAGCUCCUAGUGGAUUACUUGGAAUGCCACCUCGACAUGGAAAAAAAUCUGUGGAAUCCACUCCUUUAGUAAUAUAAGUUAUUUAUAAGUUAUUUGUUAUUUAUUUAUUCUAUUUUGUAUUUUAGAGUUCUCGUAAAUGGCAUUCACAUUCUGAUACUGGAUCUCCAACAGCAUCUAAAUCUAGACCUCCAUUAACUCCAGAAUAUGCAAACUUUGCAGCUCCGCCUCCACCUCCAAUUGCCCCUAGUCAUUCUAAUUCAAAAUCAUCACUAACACAAUUAGUGAAACAUACAAAAAAUUCUAAAGACGUUGGACUUUCUAGUAGCGAUGAAGACGAUUCUAGAGAAAAUGAUAACUCUAGUUCUAGUGUAUCAAGUAGCCCUCCAACAGCUGGGAAAAUUGAUCAAAGAUUUAGGUCUGAUAUUAAACCCGUUGAUAGUCGUAAGUUUCAAUGAUAUUUUUAUUAACAUAUAAUAUUAUUUUAUAAUAAAAACUUGUUAAAUAUAUUUUAUGUUUUUAGAUUCAAAAGUAAGACCUGUAUCAAACCAUUCAAGCUCUUCUAGUCAACACGGUGGACCUAUUAAAAAAAGUGUUAGUCCAGCUAUUUCAGAUCAAAAACAAACCCCAUUAUAUAGUAAUUUAGAUAUGUAUGAAGGAAGAAUUUUGCCACUUCAUCAAUAUAUUUUAGAACAAGCAAAAUUAUCUGGUAUUAUAUUUAGUUUUAUGUUCAAUAUAUUUUUAAAUAAAUAUCUUAAUAUUUAAAUAAUUUUAUAUUGUAUUUUAUAGGAUCUUCAUAUAGGUUUGGCGAUGCAGCUGGUACUUGUUCUGAAGAUGAUGAUGCUGAAAUUGAAGAUUUAAUUAGUGUUAUGGGUACAGCCACCGGAUAUGAUAGUGAUGAGUUUGCUGAUGAUGAAGGUGCAAUUAGUCAAGGUGACCAGUCGAGUUCUCCAUCUCCAUCAAAUGCCUCUUCUAGACAUUAUUUAAGGGAUGAAUUAGAUUAUGAUCAUUUGACAGCAAUGAGAACAUCUCAACCUCGUUCUUAUACCAAUGGUAAAAUAAUAAAUAAUUGUUCAUUGCAGUAGAAAUAAGUUUAAAACAAUCAUAAAGAUAUAAAAAAGUAGUGUUUUUGUGCAAAAUGGAGAAACUUAAAAUUCACCUCAGGAGGGCUUAUGAUGCUACAGGUUUAGUAAACUCAAACUGGAAUGCCCAGUUGGGUGAUUCCCCGGCAUAUGAUAUUUUUCUGUAGAUCUGAUCAAUUCACUUUUUAGUUGACAAUAUUCAUUCACCCUAUAGAGGGGAUCAGAAUACUCCCAUGGUACCCCUAUUUGUCAUAAGAGGUGAUAAAUAGGGUUGUGCCCAAUCGAAAGCCGGUGUAAAAUUCUGUUAUGUAAUAGUAUGAGGAGUUCUGAAUAAGAAUUUUGGUAAAGUGGUUGGAUAAAGUGAAGUUAAACAUCAGGUAUUUUGUAUGACAAGGGAAUUCCAAUGAGAUGUAAAGUUCUACAAAAGUGUGGUGAGCCUGGUGUUAUAUGGUUUGGAGUUAUAGGCAGUAAAUGAGAAUGCUUAAGUUGAUGAGUGGAGUGACAUUAAAAGACAGGUAAAUGAUGAGUACAUAAGUGGUAGCUUAGGCGUGCAUGGUUUCGAUAGUAGAGAAAUUGAGAGAAAAUAGACUGAGAUGGUUGUGCAUGUCUUUAGGAGAAAUGUAGUUAAAAUUGUAAUGAAAAUAGUUGUAGGGGGAAAGAGGCAAAGAGAAAGACUGAAAAGAGAUGGUUAGAUGCGAUUGAAAAUGAUGUGAGAAUGACAGGUGUAUAUGAUUUUGAAUAAUAUAAGAACAACUAGUAUAUACAAUGUGGGAGAUCAAGUCAUGUGGAAGUUUAGAACAAUGGUUGUCGACCCCAAAUAAUUAGUGAAGGUGAAGGAGAAGAUGGUGGGCUUAAAAUUUAGUUUUAUAAAAAAUAAUGUUUUUCAUGUGCAUUAAUAUUGUUUUAACUGUUAUUGAUCUUAUUAACUUUUUUGACUGUGCUAAUAUUUAAGAAUUUUAAAAAAUAUAUUCAAUAUUUUUAUUUAAAUAUAUGCUUGAAUAUGGCUGUAAGAAAGUGUAUCAUAUUAAUAUUAAUGAAUUAUUAUUAUUAGUUAUUGCACAUAGAGUAAUGUGACACUUAUUAAAACAUUAUAAUUUUUAGAUACUCGAGUCAGUGACUAUGUAGUAGAACCAAGUAGUAAUCAACAUUAUUAUAAUACAGUUACAAAUACUUUGUCAUCUCAAAGGUCGAUAAAUCUAGUCACACCAUCAAUGUCUGGUAAGUAAUUUUUAUUAUUAUUAUUUUUUUUUUAUUAACUAAUUUUUAUUUUUUAUUUUUUAAAGAUCCAUUUAGCAGUUCUGCGCCAACUCUUCCUUUAGAAACUCAGCAUACAUCACUCAGAAGAAGAAAAGAUCAACGUGUUCAAUCUCCAGCAGCUGCUUUAUAUUCUCCAAUUAUGGAAAGAAAUGAGGUAUUUACAUAGAUGCUUUUUAUGUAUUUUAGCACGUGUCUAAAUUUAAAAUAAAUUGUUUGAAAUACUAAUAGUUACACGACAAAAUGGCCAAUAUUUGAAACAAUUCUAUUUUUCUCAUGGUCUAACUUAUACCAAUCAUGUUUUGUUUCUGUGUUAGGUUAAUGUUUGUACAUACUUAUGCAACAGUUAUAUGAAUAUAGUAAUGAAUGCUAAUUUUAAAACUGAUACAACUAACAUUAUUACUUAUUAUUUUUGGCUCAAUUUAGAUUCUUUGUCAAAAGUGUUUGAAAAAGAAUAUGUUUCUCUCAAAUACAAACAUUUCUGAGUGCAAAACAAAAUUUUUUCUGUUCUUAUGCUGGUACACAAAUAUAUGCGCAAUGUGUUAUAGGAAAAUGGAAUUCCCCAUGUUUAAUAACUAUGUGGUUAUUUAUGGUAAUAGUAAUAUUAUAAAAUUAAAUAUUGGUGAUACAGCAAUCUUGUAUGUUUUAAAAUAUUAAUUUUCAGUAAAUUUUGGUAUAAAGUUUGAUCAUAUAAAAUUUAUUUACCGGCUAAUAAUGAUAAUUGUGUUAAUUGUGACCACAAAAAAUUGUGUUAAAUUGAUCAUUUUCUGUUACAAAAAAAAAAACAAAUUUUUUUUUUAAUAUUAUAAACUUAAAAUUGAUAAAUUGUUAAAUAUUUAACUCAGUAUUGUUUGUUCAUAUACAUUGGAUGAAGAAGCCCUUUUUGUCGUGUAACAAUUAUUAUGUUGUUCGAAAUAGGUAUAUGUUCGAAUAUGUUCACUUGUACUGUAGUAGCUUAUUUUAUUAGACCAAAGAUAUGAUAUAUAGUAAUAAAAAAUCAAUAUUGAAAAUUAUAUUUUGUACAAUUAUAAUAUAAUUAUUGAAAAAAAUCAGAUAUAACUUUUUGUCAUAUAAUUAAAUAAGUUAAACAAAUUUGGUUUUCAUUCUUUUAAAUUUUCAAAUGGCAAUUCCCAGAUCCUAAUACUUCCAGAGAACUAUGCUUUAAGUUUAAUAUGCUAUAUUUUAGUUUUUAUUUAAACUUAAUUAAUUUAGGAUAACAUGUAAUGGAUUAAUAAUUUUAAAAUUAUAAUUUUAGCUUUAAAUCACAAAUUAAUUUUUACCAAAUUAACAUUUUAGAUAUUUACUUAUUAUUUAAUGCUAAUAUAUUAAUACAUUUUUUUUUAUAUGUAGGUAAUAAUUACAGAACAUUCAAUACAUAGUUUUAAUACUUCAUAAUAUUUUUUCUGCAUGUUUUGCUAUUGUUUUUUUUUCUUUUGUGUGUGCUUUUAGUUGGUGGCUCGUUAUGCCAACUCCAAUCGUGGUGUAUUCCACCCAUCAUUAUCUCAAGAUGCUCGAUCUUCUUCGCCUGCCUAUUACUACGAACAGGUUUUUAUGCUUUUGCAAAUGCUACUAGAAUAAUCCAAACAUUUUUUAAUUUCAAUAAAAACUUCUAAUUUUUUUUUUAUAAUUAAACUCCAUUUACAGACAUCCAGAACAUUAUUGAAUCGUGAUAAAAAAAAUACAUCUGAAAGUGAUAUUGAAAAGUAUGCACAGGAUAAUUUAAAUAUCCAUAAAAAGGGUAUUUUCCGGAAAAAAUUUUCAGUUAGAGAUAUGCUUUCAUGGUCUAAGGUAAAUAAAUUUACUGUGAAAUUUAAUUUAAAUUUAUGUAUUUUUUAAUUAUUUUUUUUAAUUGGUUCCAAUUCAGGAUCCAAUUCGUAAACCAAUGUUAGUCUUAUCUGAUAAAGCAUUAAAAAAAGAAGCUUGUGAUUUAUUUAAACUGGUUCAAACCUAUAUGAGUGACCGUAAAGCAAAAUUAGGCAUGACUUUAAAUAGUGUAGCACUAGAAAUAUGUAUGACAGGUUUUAUGAAACCUACCCUAAGAGAUGAAUUAUACAUACAAAUAUGUAGACAAACAACAGAAAAUCCUAGAAAGUAUGAAUAUAUCUUUAACAUUAAAAAUUAAAAUAUUUUUAAUGACAUUUAUUUCUUAAUUUUAUAAUUUUUAGAGAAAGUUUGCGUCGAGGAUGGGAACUAUUGGCUAUUUGUUUAUCGUUUUUUCCACCUUCACCUAAGUUACAAAAAUACUUAGAAAGUUACAUGGAAAGACAUAGAGAUCCUGGUUUAGACAGUUAUGCUACUGAAGUUGGGCGGUGGCCUGUUCAUGUCCAAGUUAGCCAUUAUGCUAGUAUAGCUACAAAAAGGUUACACCGAAUGGGAGUAGAUGGAAAAAAAGCUGUCCGAAGACCCACACUGGAAGACAUUGAACAAGCCAGAGUAAAUUUAAUUUUAAUUAUUUUUUUGUUACAAAAAAUUAAUUAUUUAUCAUAUUAGAUGCAAAUAUUCAGGCCUAGUCUUUUUGGAAAUACAAUUAAUGAAAUUAUUGAUCUUCAAAAAGAACGUUUUCCACACUAUAAAUUACCUUGGGUACAAACCACAUUAUCUGAAUUAGUGCUAAGACACAGAGGUGAUCAAACUGAAGGAAUAUUCAGGUAACAGAAAUUGUAUAGUUAUUUUCUGUUUUUAAAUGUUUGUAUUGUACUUACUAAUACCAACAACACUGCAUAAUGUUACCCAUUACACUCUAUGUAAGUUUUAUUAGAUUUUAAUUUAUAUUUAGUAUAAUAAUAAAAUGUUCAAUUCCAAUUAUAGUUAAAAAAUAAAUAUAAUUUUAAAAUUAUAAUUAAAUAUAAUAAUAUUUAAUAUUUUUGUUAUUUGUUUAAGAGGUUUUUAAUUUCUAAAUUCAAUUAUUUUUUAUAGUAGCUGCCAUUGUGUCUAUUUAUUUUUUUGUCAAUUUUCUAGACACUAUUUUUCAGGUUAGAUUAAAUUAUGAUACAUCACUCAAAAAUAGAUAGACAAACAUUUCCUUUUAUUAUUAUUGGUUUUACAAUGUGUUUUGUUUUUCUGCCUGAACAACUUUUUUAUCAAAAAUCUUGUUCUGAAGAAUCAAGUGUAUUAAAGAUAAUUUUCUCUAGGUGGUGGUUUGGGGUGAUAUUUUUUGAUUUUCUUAGGUUUUCUAAAUUAUUUUGCUUAAUGAUAAAAAUUUUCAAAUUACAUUAUUUGAUUUUAUUAUUUUAAAUUUUAAACUUUAAACCAACAUGAAACUUUUUUGGUUGUAUUUUCAAUCUAGUCUAUAAGUAAUUUUUUUUUAUUUUUAUUUUUCUUGGUAGUUUUUGGACUAAUUAAGCAUAGCGAAAAACACCUGGAUAGAAUGUGAAAAUUUACAAAAAUUAUUUUUUCAUUAUUUUAAAUUUUGUUUUUUUAAUGUAAUUCAGUCAAAAAUAUUCGUAGCUUCUUGAAAUUUUAAUGGAAAACUUAUAUAAGUUUUUUCUAAAUGUGGUAAAUUUUUCAAAACAUACAUUCCAAUAUGAACAUCCCUAGUAUCAGUUAUUUUUAAAAUGUAUUUUUCUUUUUAAUGAUUUUUUUAUGAGGAAUAUAUUUCGAGAAAGGAUAACACUGUAGGGACACUGUAUGUUAACCAUUAAACUUCCUUCAUUCAAGGCAUCUCUUUCCAUACUAUCCCAGGUAACCCUGGUGUUUGGCGUUUGGUGCCUACUUGUUAACAGCAUUCUCGUCAUGAAGUCCUAUUUAUGAAUAUAAAUACUUCCAAUCAAACCCAUUUACUUACAACUUAAAUUUAAUUUAAUUUGUACUAACCUUCUACUGGUUACAAGGAGGUAAAUAAUCUCCCAGCUUAAAUAUAGACAUUAAUACAACUUUCCCAAAAUAAUAUACCAACCUAAUAUUUUGUAUAGCUGUUGAUAACAUGUUUAUCUAAAUUUAUGAGGCAAUUAAAAAAAUGUCUGUAUAAUUAUAUCUGUAUUUAUUAUAAUCUUAACCUGUAUAAUCUAAAAAACAAAAUUUUGUAAUAAAAAUAGCUAAAUGUACUGAAGAUAAUAUAAUAAGUAACUAUUAAAAAAAUAAUAACAAUAAGUUUUGAAAAAUUCACCCCAUGUGACCAAAUAUGAAAAAUAAACUGCCCAACCAGUAGAAGGUUAAAUGAUAAAUAAGUAAAAUAACAUACUCUACCCAUAUUAAAUAUGCUUAUUAUAAAAAUAUAUGUACAGAUUACAUAAUUAAAAAUUUAUAUGAUUAUGUAUUAUAUACAUAAAUAAAGAUAUAUAUAAUAAUUUAUAUAAAUUUUAUUACUUGAUCUGUAUGUAAUAUAUACUUUAUAGAGUACCGGCCGACAUGGAUGAAGUUAUGGCUCUUAAAAGUCGUUUAGAUGUAUGGGAAGUUCCUGGUCCCGAGGAGUUAACUGAUGCACAUACUCCAGCAUCUUUAUUAAAACUGUGGUAUCGUGAACUAUAUGAGCCACUUGUUCCUGAUCAUAUGUAUGCUGAGUGUAUAGCUGCUCAUCAGGACGCUCGUCGAGCAAUUGCUAUUAUACAUCGAUUACCACCAAUAAACAAAGCUGUUUUAGCUUAUCUUAUUCACUUCCUACAACUCUUUACCAAACCAGAAGUCGUUCACGUAACUAAAAUGGAUGCUAGUAAUCUAGCUAUGGUUAUGGCUCCUAAUUGUUUGCGCUGUACGUCAGUCGAUCCUCGUGUAAUAUUUGACAACGCUCGCAAAGAGAUGGCUUUUAUGCGUUUGUUGAUUUUACAUUUUGAUGCGUCUUUUAUGGAAGGCGUAUUUUAA